CCUGCAGCCACACCCCGCAGGUUUUCCCUCUCGGCCUCGCUCGCUCGCACUCACACAUACACACUCACACACACACCCCACAGCUCUCCUUUGGGUCGGAGGAGACGCCAGCCAAAGGAGGCGGGGUUGCAGGAGGAGAGUCCGCUCUGCGCAAUCCAGUCCGGGACUUGGCUCCGCCCGGGAGCGGCGGCCUCUCCGGUGACAGAGGAGUAGUGAGUGGCACGGGGUGAGGCUGCAGCCAACUCCGCUCCCAGCGCACUCGGCUGCCCAGGCGCUCGGGACGCAGCAGCGGCGCUCCUCCGCGGUGCCGAUCGCCCGCGAUGCCCGCGUGAGAGCGUGCGGCGGCGGCCAGCAUCUCCACGCCCGCGGCACCGCGCGCCGGCCGAGGAGCCGGGCCAGAGCCGUGCACCCCUGCCCCAGCCCCCACCCGCCCCCCGCCCCGAAAUGACUUGUUAAUCGGCGCAGACACCACCGAGGGGACUCACCGGAGUGGAAUCCAAGUGGAAUUUGGAUUUGGAGAAGAGUUUCUUGAACAUUUGCCCCUCUUCCUUGUUGGUUUUCUCCCUUUUUCUUCUUCUUCUUCUUGGUAUUUUUUUUUUUGGCCGUCCUUUUUUCCUCGCCUCUCUCCGACCGUCAUUGGAGAUGAACACGGCGCGCUUGCAUCCCAGAAAGUAAUCGCCGCGACUGUUGCCCCCCAAAGAGACAAGCACACAUGUAGGAAUGACAAAGGCUUGCGAAGGAGAGAGCGCAGCUCGCGGCCCAGAGAGAACCCCUCAAUAAUGGAUUACUAAAUGGGACACACGCUGUGCCAGUCCGCUCCGAGCCGGCCUUCCGCCCGUCGAUGCACCGAAAAGGGUGAAGUAGAAAAAUAAAGUCCCCCCGCUGAACUACUAUGAGGUCAGAAGCCUUGCUGCUAUAUUUCACACUGCUACACUUUGCUGGGGCUGGCUUCCCAGAAGAUUCUGAGCCAAUCAGUAUUUCGCAUGGCAACUAUACAAAACAGUAUCCGGUGUUUGUGGGCCACAAGCCAGGACGGAACACCACACAGAGGCACAAACUGGACAUCCAGAUGAUUAUGAUCAUGAACAGAACCCUGUACAUUGCUGCUAGGGACCAUAUUUAUACUGUUGAUAUAGACACAUCACACACAGAAGAAAUUUAUUGUAGCAAAAAACUGACAUGGAAAUCUAGACAGGCCGAUGUAGACACAUGCAGAAUGAAGGGAAAACAUAAGGAUGAGUGUCACAACUUUAUUAAAGUUCUUCUGAAGAAACACGAUGACAUGUUGUUUGUCUGCGGAACUAACGCCUUCAACCCCUCCUGCAGAAACUAUAAGAUGGAUACUUUGGAACCUUUUGGGGAUGAAUUUAGUGGAAUGGCCAGAUGCCCUUAUGACACCAAACAUGCCAACAUUGCACUGUUUGCAGAUGGUAAACUAUACUCGGCCACAGUGACUGACUUCCUUGCUAUCGAUGCGGUCAUUUACCGGAGCCUUGGAGACAGCCCCACCCUGCGGACCGUCAAGCACGAUUCCAAAUGGUUAAAAGAACCAUACUUUGUCCAAGCGGUGGAUUAUGGCGACUAUAUCUACUUCUUCUUCAGGGAAAUAGCAGUGGAGUACAACACCAUGGGAAAGGUAGUGUUCCCGAGAGUGGCUCAGGUUUGUAAAAACGACAUGGGAGGGUCUCAGAGAGUUCUGGAGAAACAGUGGACGUCUUUCCUGAAGGCGCGGCUGAACUGCUCCGUUCCCGGAGACUCUCACUUCUAUUUCAACAUACUCCAGGCGGUUACAGAUGUGAUUCGUAUUAAUGGCCGUGACGUUGUCCUGGCAACCUUUUCCACACCUUAUAAUAGCAUCCCUGGCUCUGCAGUCUGUGCCUAUGACAUGCUUGAUAUUGCCAAUGUUUUUACUGGACGGUUCAAAGAACAGAAGUCUCCCGAUUCCACCUGGACGCCAGUUCCUGAUGAACGAGUUCCUAAACCCAGGCCGGGUUGCUGCGCUGGCUCAUCCACCUUAGAAAAAUAUGCAACCUCCAAUGAGUUUCCUGAUGAUACCCUGAACUUCAUCAAGACGCACCCGCUCAUGGAUGAGGCAGUGCCCUCCAUCUUCAACAGGCCAUGGUUCCUGAGGACGAUGGUCAGAUACCGCCUGACCAAAAUUGCAGUGGACACCACUGCUGGGCCGUAUCAGAAUCACACUGUGGUUUUUCUGGGAUCAGAGAAGGGAAUCAUCUUGAAGUUCUUGGCCAGGAUAGGAAACGGUGGUUUUCUAAAUGACAGCCUUUUCCUGGAGGAGAUGAGCGUUUACAACCCCGAAAAAUGCAGCUACGAUGGAGUGGAAGACAAGCGGAUCGUGGGCAUGCAGCUUGACAGAGCCAGCAGCUCCCUGUACGUCGCCUUCUCCACCUGUGUGAUAAAGGUCCCCCUCGGCCGCUGUGAGCGACACGGGAAGUGUAAAAAAACCUGUAUCGCCUCCAGAGACCCGUACUGCGGGUGGGUGAAGGAAGCCGGUGCCUGUGCCCACCUGUCACCCAGCAGCAGACUGACUUUUGAGCAGGACAUAGAGCGUGGCAACACAGACGGUCUGGGGGACUGUCACAAUUCCUUUGUGGCACUGAAUGACAUUUCUACUCCUCUACCAGAUUAUGAAAUGUCUUACAACACAGUGUAUGGGCACUCCAGUUCCCUCUUGCCCAGCACCACCGCGUCAGAUUCGGCGGCUCAAGAGGGGUAUGAGUCUAGGGGAGGAAUGCUGGACUGGAAGCAUCUGCUCGAUUCACCUGACAGCACAGACCCUUUGGGGGCAGUGUCUUCCCAUAAUCACCAAGACAAGAAGGGAGUGAUCCGGGAAAGUUACCUCAAAGGCCACGACCAGCUGGUUCCUGUCACCCUCUUGGCCAUUGCGGUCAUCCUGGCUUUUGUCAUGGGGGCCGUCUUCUCGGGCAUCGUCGUGUACUGCGUGUGCGAUCACCGGCGCAAAGACGUGGCCGUGGUGCAGCGCAAGGACAAGGAGCUCACCCACUCGCGCCGGGGCUCCAUGAGCAGCGUCACCAAGCUCAGUGGCCUCUUCGGGGACCCCCAGUCCAAAGACCCAAAGCCAGAGGCCAUCCUCACACCGCUCAUGCACAACGGCAAGCUCGCCACCCCCGGCAGCACGGCCAAGAUGCUCAUCAAGGCCGACCAGCACCACCUGGACCUGACGGCCUUGCCCACGCCGGAGUCCACCCCGACGCUGCAGCAGAAGCGGAAGCCCAACCGAGGCAGCCGCGAAUGGGAGCGGAACCAGAACCUCAUCAAUGCCUGCACCAAGGACAUGCCCCCCAUGGGCUCCCCCGUGAUCCCCACGGACCUGCCCCUCCGGGCCUCCCCCAGCCACAUCCCCAGCGUGGUGGUCCUUCCCAUCACGCAGCAGGGCUACCAGCAUGAGUACGUGGACCAGCCCAAAAUGAGCGAGGUGGCCCAGAUGGCGCUGGAAGACCAGGCCGCCACCCUGGAAUAUAAGACCAUCAAGGAGCAUCUCAGCAGCAAGAGCCCCAACCACGGGGUGAACCUUGUGGAGAACCUGGACAGCCUGCCCCCCAAAGUCCCACAGCGGGAGGCCUCCCUGGGCCCUCCGGGAGCCUCCCUGUCCCAGAAUGGCCUGAGCAAACGGCUGGAAAUGCACCACUCCUCUUCCUACGGGGUUGACUAUAAAAGGAGCUACCCCACGAACUCGCUCACGAGAAGCCACCAGGCCACCACCCUCAAAAGAAACAAUACUAACUCCUCCAAUUCCUCUCACCUCUCCAGAAACCAGAGCUUUGGCAGGGGAGACAACCCGCCCCCCGCCCCGCAGAGGGUGGACUCGAUCCAGGUGCACAGCUCCCAGCCGUCCGGCCAGGCCGUGACUGUCUCGAGGCAGCCCAGCCUCAGCGCCUACAACUCACUGACCAGGUCGGGGCUGAAGCGUACGCCCUCCCUAAAGCCGGACGUGCCCCCCAAACCUUCCUUUGCCCCCCUUUCCACAUCCAUGAAGCCUAAUGACGCGUGUACAUAAUCCCAGGGGGAGGGGUCAGGUGUCGAACCAGCAGGCAAGGCGAGGUGCCCGCUCCGCCCGGCAAGGUUCUCAGCUGCCUCGAGUACCCACCAGACCAGGACGGCCCGCGGCAGGGCUGAGGACACCGGGUCCCCCUCUCUGGGACACAGGGGUACUCACGACAGUUGGGCCAUAUGGUUUGGUGAAGGUUUGCAACGGCGGGGACUCACCUCCAUCCUCUUCCUUCACUCUCCCCCACACCCCACAACAGGGCGGACCCACAAAAGACUUCAGUUAUCAUCACAAACAUGAGCCAAAAGCACAUACCCACUCCAUGCCCCCAUACACACACACACACACACACACACACAGGUAAACAGCAACUGCAACAUUUUGUCCAUGACUGCACGGGGCAUCGCCAAACUGGGCUAGUGCUCCAAACUGCAAAACACGAGUACAUGUUAAAAAAAAAAAUCAUGAAAAUUAAAAAAAGACAAAAAAAGAAUUCAUUGAUAACUCUAACUCAGACUUUUAACAAUGGCAGAAGUUUACUAUGCGCAGAUACUGUGAAAUGCCCACCAGUGUUACAGCUUUCUGUUAUAGCAGACAAAGGCCGUGUUGGGCAACUAUGUCAUAGAUUUCUGCUCCUCCUCUCUUUUAAUGAAAUAACGUGACCGUUAACGCAAGUAACUCUUUAUUUAUUGUUCACCCUUUUUUUCCUUAAGGAAAGGACUCUUCCACAUAUCAUCCUAUGAACAGCUCUUCUGAAAGCCCAUCGAAAGUUAAACUAUUUAACGUGAAAUCCAUUAACUGGAAUAAUUGAGUUUCUUUAUUUUUACAAUAAAUUCACUGAGUAAAUAAGUUGGAGCUGGAAUUCUGAGCUUUGUGUUUGGACUGUUUGGUCUGUAGCUAAAGGAAAACAUUAAGAGGGGAAUAUUUAUUUAAAUCUACCAGUUAAUUUGCUGGUCAGGUCUCUGGCCUAUAACAUGCAAAAAAAAAAAAAAUUAAUUACUUUAAAAGUCCUUCCAGAUCCUAACUUCUAAAGCAAGCAGGAGAGAAGGUUUUAGACUGGCACAUGGUGUCCCAUGGGUGCCACUUUUCUGUGAAGGCACCAGCUUGUGAUCCGCCAUCUCAUUUCACCUUGCAUGUGAGACACCAAACAAAAUCCACAAACGGUGUGAACUAAUUAAUACGCUGGCUGCUACCUUGCAUAAAAUUAAUGGUUUGAUCACACGGGUUUUUCGUGGGGUUACAUCUGUGAAUAGCCUGUUUUCCACAUGUAAAUUUGUGCCUUACACCUUGAGUUGUGUACACUUGUAAACUGUCGUUACGAUCAACUCUCUUCCCCUUUUGAAAUAAAUGCAGAUAUUUAUUUAACCCUCCCCUCGCCCCACCCCACCCCCCACUCCAGCCCUCCGGAAGAUUGGAGUGGAGCAGAUGGAAAAAGAAUGCCGCGGCGAUGGUGGUAGUGCCGCAGCCUGGGAAAGCUGGGUGGCCCCACACCCUCCAAUCCACGCUGCCUUCUAGUCGUGCCAACUCGAAGCGCCCUUCGGCUGUGCUGCCACGCACGGACCCCAGUGCCGUGGCUGGCAAACCCCCUCUCUUCCUCCAGAGUUCCCGCUUCCCUUAGCUCUUUUCAAUGUGGUGAUACCCUCAUUAGCCGGCAGAAAAGGGGCUAACGCCCCAGCCCUGGUUCUGCCGCGUCCGCUGGCUGGAGCCCACGCUGCUGCGUGUGGUCGGGCAGGCACCUGGGAGGAGUCGCCAAGCCGUGUGCUCACGUGCAGUGUACACAAAGAAACGACACGGAAAUAGAUGCAGGCAGGCUGGUCCCUGCCGUGAUUAACGAGUAACUCCAAGUACAAGGCCAACCACAAUGGGUGCUGCAGAAAUGUAGACUGGGGCAAAAAGAGUUUUUUUUUUUAUUUUUUUAAUUUCCUUACCCUUUUGUUGUUAUUGUUUGGAGGGGGUGGGAGAGGGUGGCGUGUCUUUUUCUCCCCUCGGAUUUCAUUUGCUCGAGCACACAGAAGAAGGGACUUUUGUUUACUUUAUCAAGAGCGAAAGAAUCGUGAACAUGCUAUAAACCGUGAGAAUUAUUGUUGGUGGUUGUUUUUUUUUUAAGCAGUUGAACAGUAUAUUUGGUGGUCUGUUGGUCUCUUUUUAUUUCUAGUUUGAUCUUCUGGGUUUAGUUUUGUCUUUAAAAAAUAAAAAAAUAAAAAAUAAAAAGACUGAUAAGGACAGUUUUGAGUUGGAAGUGAAACAGUGGAGUCUCCAUAAUCACAGUGGUCCCUCUGAGACCCAGGUAUGUCGUUGAGGGUGAGUGCCCUGCCUUUUUUUCCCAAUGCCCAUUGCAGUUUUGCUAUUGUUUAGGGUAGGUUUUUGUUGUUCUCGUUACAUUUUUGUUUUGUUUUGUUUUUUUAGUGGAAUCAAUGUUCACUCCCUAUGAACUCCGUCCCCUGCAACCCUGAGGUCUUUACUAGAAACCAUUAUUUUCCUCCUUGAAUUUUCUUGAGAAAUGCAGAAGUUGGGACGAUGGUGGGCACAUAUCACCUUGUCCCCUUCUCCCCCGCGCUUGACUCCCCAGAGUAUUGAGGGUGGGGGGCCUGCCGUCCACAGGACCACGUGUCUCACUCCGUGUCUGCGGGCACCGUUGCUUCUGCCGCGUUGAGAAGACCUGUGUCAAAACGUGCGUCCCUCAUCCCUACAUCCUGCAACCCCGUCACCUGCGCUGUUAACCCUAAAAUGCUCGCUGUAUCGAGCUAGUCUUCUGCAUUGAAGUAUUCCCCCCCUUUCGUCGUCCCCACUGCGUGUGGGGGGAGGGUCCAUAAACCUGAGUGUGCCUUUGCUUUCCACCCUUGCUAGACACUGGUAGAUGCAACAAACUCAGAUCUACAUUUGUUGUAAAGCUGUAAAAAUAUUGUGAUGUCACCGAUUCUCUUCCAUUUCCACAUCCCCUAACAUCUGAUUCACGACUUAAUGUAUGUUUUAAAAAAGGAAAAAAGAAAAAAAGGGAAAAAAGAAAAAAAAAAAGCGAGGAAAAGGCUCUUUAUUACUUAAAAGUAAUAAAACCAGACUGUUCUA